AUGGCGGCGCAGAUGCUCGCGCCGGCUGAUGAUAUCAACCUUCCAGCCAGCGAGUCUGCCUCUGAGCCUUUAAAGUGGCUCGGCGCCAACAGCCCUUAUUUUGCUGGCCCCAAUGUCUAUGGCAUCUCGCCAGACACGCCUGAGAACUGCUACGUGGACCAGGCCGCAUACAUCUCACGACACGGCUCUCGAUAUCCUGACUCGAGUGCCUAUGCGGGCUGGGUCGACAUGCAGGAUCGCUUCUCGUCAGGCGACUACACGCCCACGGGUGUGUUGUCCUUCAUGAAGGACUGGCAGACCGUCCUGACCAACGUCGACCUGCAGAUGUCCAUGGAGUCUCCCACGGGCGCCAAGGAGGCGCACGACCUGGGUUAUACCCUCCGAACACGGUACCCGCAGCUCUACAAUGACGGCGACGAGUUCAUGGUCUGGGCCAACAAUUACACGCGCGUGCUGCAGACGGCCAAGUUCUUCGUUCAGGGCUUCCUCGGCUUCACGGCCGCCGAUUACGGCAGUGUUGUCUCUGUCACCUCCACUGGGUACACCGGCAGCAUUGGCAACUCGCUCUCGCCGUCGGACCAGUGCCCCAACUUUUACGACUCGUCGGGAGGGGACUAUGCGACCGAGUGGGCAGAUGUGUACAUCCCACCGAUCCAGGAGCGUCUGCAGACUCUGAUCGAGGGCAACUUGACCUUUGAGUCCAACGACAUCUCCCAGAUGCCGUACCUUUGUGGCUUCGAGUCUCAGAUUACGGGCCGGCUCUCGCCCUGGUGCAAUGUGUUCACCGACUACGAGCUGCAGCAGUAUGAAUAUGCAAACGACAUCAGGUACUGGUACGGAUUAGGUCCGGGAACGGAUCUCGAACAGACCAUGAUGAUGCCCUACCUGAACGCUCUGGUCGGACUCCUGCAAGAGGGUCCUGGGAUCAACGGCACGGCUGCCAACGGCAGCGCCUUUACCCUGCCAGAUCUGCUGGUCACGUUCCUCAACGACGGCCAGCUGGUCGAGCUCAUCACUGCCAGCGGUGUCUUCGACAACGAGACUCAAUUCUCUGGCACGGAGAUGAACCCCGACCGCCUGUUCAUUGCCUCGCACUUUGUCACUAUGAGGGGCACGAUCGCAUUCGAGAGGCUGAACUGCGCCGUUGGUGCUGCGGGGGGCAGCAGCACGAACGCGACGUACAUCCGCAUCAAGCUGAAUGAUGCCGUAUACACGCUGCCUUCGUGCCAGGAUGGCCCUGGCGGGUCAUGUCUGCUGAGUGACUAUGCUGAGUACGUCUCAUCCAAGUAUGCUGCCGAAGGUAGCUGGACAGAGAACUGUAAUGUCACAACGGCUGGUGCUCCGACUACCGUGGCGGGCGCCAGCUUUUAUACGGAUCUGACGAGUCCGUGGUUGCAAGAGUUGCCGCCUUAUUAGACAGCUUGUAGAUGAAUGGGAAGAGAGAGGCGUUGAUAGUG